CUCUCUUCCGCUUUAUUUCCAAUUACGUGAUUCACCUUUCCACGCUAAAUGUCUCGCUCGCUCUCUCUCUCUUUCUUUUUAUCUCUCUCUUUCAUUCUCUUUCUCUCUCUCUCUCUCUCACACACACACUCCCCUUCCUCAUCCUGAAUACCCCCUCUGAUGUCCUGCCGCUCUCUCACAUCGUGUUGAAUCCAUCGAAUCGUCGCAAUACUGCUUGCAAUUGUAUUUAUCAUAAUUUUUCGUCUAGUCCGUUUCUGCAUACUGGCGACUGCCCCCAUUUGUGUGAAGAAUAAUCGCACGGUGUCGGUGUGUCGCUGUCCGUGCAGUCGAUUGUUAUAUUAUUUUAAUUAUUUUCCACAGCCGGUUUCCCCAUUUUCAUAUCAUCAUCAUUAUCAUUAUUUUUUUCUCAUGUUUGCUUUUCGUAAUUUUUACGGACCAUUGCGAAUAUUAUAAUCACUGCCUUCCUAUAUUGCACCAAGAUAUCCCUAUUUUAUUGUUCAAUCACGAUAAUUGUACUUGUACCCACACACAUACAUACACACCCAUACACCAUGGUAUUAGACCUACAAAGUGUUUUAAGCAAUGGUAAUAGUUGUGAAAACGAGGUUGAAGAGGACCUUGAAGAUGGAGAGAUAUUUGAUGAAGAAGAUGAUACUGGAAUGGUUGAAUCAACUGAACAAAAUAAAGAACCGAAAGCAUCUAAAGAAAUUUGUCUUGGAGAAGGGGCUAAAGAAAAAGAUUUUGAACUUCAGUGGGAAAUGGAACAACGUCCUCAACCAUCUCAUCAAAAAAUGUUACAUGGUCCUUCAAGUAAACCGUUUGCAGGAUUUAAUAACAGUAGGUCCAGAGGGGAUAGAUUUGCUAGAAAUAAAGGAAGUAUGAUGAAAAGAGAUGUUGGUUAUCUUAUGGAUGAUGAUAGACCUAGACGUAAAAGGCGUAGGUUUGAUCAAAUUGAAGAAAAAGAUACUUUGUUGAGAAAUAAUCAAAAUGGGAUGUUUAAUAGAAGAAAAAAUGAGACCCCAAUGGAAUCGGUUGAGGGUGUUAAUGAUGAAGAAUUCAUUCCUGAUGUAUCGAAUUUUGAGUCAUUUCCACGAGAAUUUGAAAAUGAAGGAGAAGAUUUUCGGCCUCCAAGAGAAAAUAACUUUAAUAGAAGAGGUAGAGGAAGGCGAGGCGGUGGUGGAGAUAUGGAUAGGAGGAAUAGAGGUAUGUCUGCAAAACGACGAAUGGGUGUUGGGUCUUUAAUGAAAAAUAAACGACCAGAAGAUGAAGAAAAAAUUUGUCAAUAUUUUCUCCAAGGAAAAUGUCUUAAGGAAAAUAAUUGUACUUAUUCUCAUCAACAACCUAAUGGUCGCAAAAUGGAAUUGUGUAAAUUUUAUUUAAUGGAUUGUUGUAGUAAAGAUGAUCGAUGUACAUUUAUGCAUAGCGAGUUUCCUUGCAAGUAUUAUCAUACUGGUAUGAAAUGCUAUUCAGGACCAAAUUGUCGAUUUAGCCAUGCUAAGCUUGAUGAAGAUCAAAAAAAAAUAUUGCUCAAGUCUUUUGGGAAACUACGUUAUGAUCCACCAGAAUAUGAGAAUGAAAAUCAAGACUUCAAGAGCAAUUUCGAAGAAGAUUCAAAAUCUGCUACAGAAAAUAAUUUUGUUUCCAAAAAUGAUAAGAACAAAAUUCCAUCAUUAUUAGAAAUGCAAAUUCCUGUUCCACCUGAAUUAAAAUCAACUGAUAAAAAUGGAGAUGAAGAUCCAGAGUCUAAUAGUCAUAAUAAUAAUAGUAGUACACCAAUGCCGUCGCCAUCACGAGAUGAGUCUACGACCGAUGACACAUUUGAAAUUAAUGAAACUGAACAACUAUCUAAUGUUCUAAAUAAUCGUCCAGUGCAUAAAGUUAAGAAACACCAUGAUAAGAAUAAAAACAAUAGGGUAAAACAAAAACAUGAAAAGGAAAUUAGAAAAAAACAGCGAGAAGAAAGACAUGAAGAAAAAAGAAUGGAAAAAAGCAGACAAAGAAAAGAAGACUUGACCCUGCAUAAUAAUGAUCAGCCAUUAUUAGAUGAUUUGAGCGAUGAUGAUGAAUUUAAUGAUCUUGUUAUUGAUGAAGAAAAAUUCCAAAAUGACGGAAAAGACCAACAGCUACCAAAAAAACAAAAAGAGUUAUUGAAACGAAUUCAAGUUCACCAAAAAUUUUACAAUGAAACCACAGAAAUGAAUGAAGAUCCUUAUAGCCAAGAGGAUCAAUAUUCUAGUGAUAUUUCUGAUCAUUCUAUUUCUACUCCUAUGAAUAAUGUACUAAAUGCAUUACAUAAUGAAGAAAAAGAACAAUCAAUUGGAAAUUCAUCAAAAGCUGAAAAGGUUGAUUAUGACCAAAUUACUAUAAGUGAUGAUAUGGCAAAACUUCUUAAUAGUAUAAAAGCACAAAUUGGAAAUGAUAAAUCAAUCAAAGGAGAUCAACCUUCACCAUUUCAUUUACCGCCAGUAGAGCAACAGUUUGAUUUAGUUCAGAAAGAAAAUAAAAAUAUUAUAGAAGAAUCUCCUGCUAGCCCUAUUAAUAAUGAUAGUAAUGCAGUUGAAUUGGGUAAAUCUGAUGUGGAUUUAAGACAAUUACCAUUCCAAUUUCCUGUUGCGGCAGCUACAGAGAUAAAUGCGUCUCUUGAUAGUCAUCCUCCUAUGAAAUACCAAAUGACACCAACCCAAGUAUCAGUACCUGACUACUCUAAAAUUCCACCUACAAUGGGCAUUGAUGAUCCUCGUCUUAGACGUAGUAUAACAGCAGCAAGAGAUCCAAUGUUUAUUCAAAACGUUCCUGCAACAGUCAAUUCAGCAGUAAGACCAGCAGUACCUCCAAAAAGUUCUACUCGAGAUCCUAGAAAACUUCACCAAGAAGUGGUUAACACUAAUGCAUCAUCUAUUCGUGCUCCACUUCUACCAACACCUAACACCAUUGUACAACGGCCUAUGGAUAGUGAUAUGAGACAUAUGCCUCCUCCAAUAAUGUGUCCACAAAUGAUGACGGUUCCAAUUGUUCCAAAUGAUCCACGCAGGAAACAAAUGCAGGUUCCUGCAGAUCCUAGACAAAGACAACGUUUUGAUGUAGAUCAAAGGAUAAAUAAUAUGAAUUAUUUCUAA